AUGUCUAAGUUUCGCGACUUUCUCCCGGAGGGAGAGAAUAGUGAUAAGGAGUGGUUUCACCAGCUAAGACGUUUGGCCAACCACCGAUACAAGAUCCCUAGAGCUGAAAAACGUUCUUUUACACCCCAGAAGGACGAAGAAUGCACCACCACAUGCGAAGUAUCGGAUGGCAGCCGCCGAUGGCCGAGGUUUCCUCUGCCCCAUGAUGCCGACGUUCCACAUGCGGACGUAAAAAAAGGGCAAUUUCUUACUAACGUGAGCGACGAGAUACCUCAUGAUAUGUCCUUAAAGUUGCCGAAGGAUAUAUACUAUUGGAAUUCGUCCACGAUAGUUCAGGAUGAGCCUUCCCAGGAUGCGUUAUUGUUGCCACCGCCGAUUUCCACUGCUGAGGCUUUAGCCGCUAUGCGGAGAAAAACCCGAGCUUUACAGGAAUCCGAUAUCAAGAUGAAAUUCUCUGCAGCGUCACAACGCUUCGACUCUUCGCAUGAUGAAGAUUCUUAUAGCAUGGCUACAGGAGCCGAUGAUGAUUCUAUGGAUUCUGAGCUACUAUCCUUUUCAGACUCAUCUUCAGACGACAUUGAACAUUCAGGCCUUGAUGAUAAAGCAUAUUCUGAGAUCGUAGCCCUAGUUCGUGAACUAGUCACAGGACAUACAACCACGGCUGCCGGCGGACGACCGCCUAACGAGAGCAGAUCCUCUGAAGGCCAACCUGCACAUCCGCCUGCUAUUCACUUGCCAAAAAAGAGACGCCAUACCGAGAAGAAGAGUGAAAAUUCUGAUGAUGAAGAGCCCCCCAUCCCGCCUUCAAAAGGAGAAGAGCAGAAUAAAGGGAAAGGACGGGAUAUGUAUUUGGCGUGCCCGUUUGCGAAGAACGACCCUUUGAAACACCAAGCUUGCUUUUCGAAGAGACUUUCAAGAAUUCGCGACGUCAAGCAACAUCUUGCUAGAAAACAUACGCCUGAGUUUUAUUGCAGUCGUUGCUCGGCAAUCUUUUUGGACCAUGAUAAACUUCAGGCACAUAUUGGAAAUGCUGCAGGCCUCUUCUGUACACCAUCUCCUCUGUUGGAGGGUAUAUCCCAACACAAGCGUUCACAGUUGUCUCGCAAAUCAAACCCAAGACUCACCGCGGAAGAACAAUGGUUUUCAAUGUGGGAUAUAAUCUUCCCUGACCACCCAAGACCAGAUUCAGCAUACAUAGACUUCGGGUUCUCAAGAGACUUCUGUUCAUACAGAGAGUAUUCCCAUCGCCGAGCGGUUGUUGCAGUAGUCGAAGGAUUGCGAACUAGUAGCCUUGCAGGGAAAACCGUUGUGACCCAAAACACGUGGGAGGAAGUGCGCAGAAUCGUUGCCGAUAGAUUGGACUCGGUUUUCGAGGAAUGGCAAUCGAAUCAAUUCGUGGAUGUGGUGUCACGCCCGAAGAACCCGUCCUUAAACAGCCAAAGAUCAAGCAUCAAAUCGACAAGAAUCAAUACUCCAGACAGUUUCGAAGAUAAUGGAAUUGACGUGGGAAGUCAACAGGGGCCAUACGACGGAGGACAGCAACCAGAGUUGAAAAUAGUCCAGAGCUCAUCUGCCCAUCCAUGA